AUACAGAUCAGUGGGAACGACCACUAUAGUAACAACCAGAGGUAAUGGAACUAGAGUGUAUUGCGUUAUUGGAGAGUAAUGUGUGACCGGAAAUUGUCUGCAGUCAGUUGGUCAUUGUUAGCAUGCGCCAGAUGUUAGUACAGCAAGAUGAAUAUAUUUAUGCGUUUAUUCGAGGGAGGCGUUUAUUUGUUUGGGUGUAAAGUGGCAUCCACGACGAUGGCGCCACAGAAAAGGGAUUUUAUCUUAAUUGUUUUCAUCUACGCUGUAUUACUACUUCCGAGUCAAGUUGAAUGCGCCAGAGAAAAACCAAACAUCGUAAUCUUCUUAGCCGAUGACAUGGGAUAUGGGGAUUUACAAUCCUUUGGAAAUCCGCUCUCACAUACCCCAAACAUCGAUAGGAUAUUACAAGGUGGUCUGAAACUCACACAAGCCUAUAGUGCGUCAUCAAUCUGCAGCCCAGCGAGAGCUAGUCUCCUCACAGGGCGUUACCCUCCUCGCACCGGUGUAUGGGAUGAAGUAACCUCGGUAUUUCUUCAGAAAAGCAUUGGCGGGCUACCCCAUAGUGAAAUAACUAUUCCAGAAAUGCUGGCACCUCAAGGAUACAAAUCUGCUCUUGUUGGAAAAUGGCAUCUUGGUGUCGGACGCCAAAAGGAAUUUCUUCCCUUAGAACAUGGAUUUGACCGGUUUUUAGGAUUUCCAUAUUCGCAUCAAAAUUGCCCAUGCGAAACAUGUUUCUACCCUGAUGGCGAUUGCGAUUCGGAAUAUUGUAAGACUGAUAAUGCACCGUGUCCAUUGGUGUUAAAUAAUACCAUCAUAGAACAACCAGCAGACAUGAUAACACUUGCUGAUCGGCAAGCAAAGGCCGCUAGAAGCUGGAUUAUUGAUUACUCCUUAUCGGACACCCCAUUCUUUCUUCUGUACUCGUUUAUGCAUCCUCACUAUCCACAAUUUGCGGGUAAGCGGUUUAGGAAUUCAACCAUCGGUGGGGCAUACACAGACUCUUUAGCUGAAAUGGAUUGGCAAGUGGGGGAGGUGAUGGAUCAACUCGAAAAAAGUGGCAUUAUUGAAAAUACAUUUGUGCUGUUUACUUCAGAUAACGGGCCAGACGUGAAACUUGAGGGCGGGUUUUCAGGGAUCUUCAGAUGUGGAAAAACUUCGACCUUUGAAGGUGGAUUUCGUGUUCCUACGAUUGCUUAUUGGCCAGGGCACAUCCCAACGGGUGUCUCAACGCAACUUGUUAGUCAUCUUGACAUCUGGCCGACACUUAGACGUUUAAGUGGUUCCUCUCCAGAUGAAUUUGACGUCACCCUCGAUGGAUUUGACAUUUCGGAAGUACUUUUUAGCAACGGAAACACUACAAGAUCCUCAAUGUUGUACUACGAUAUUACACCUGACCCGGACAUAGGCCCGUUUGCCGUUCGCAGUAAUCGAUACAAAGCUCACUUCUACGCAGAAUGCACCUUUAUGUGUGAUCCGGACGCUAUUGAUGAAAUGUGCAGAGCAGAAUUUCCAAUAACGAGUCUUCAAUCUCCACUUCUUUUUGACAUUCUUAAAGACCCAAAAGAACGUGUCGAUUUAGGUAAACUAAGUGCAUACAAGACAGUAGUUGAAAACUUGACUAUGCUAAUGGAAACAGAAUCUAAAAAGAUAGUCUUUGCCGAAAGUGUUCUCAAAAAAACGGAUUCGUCAUAUGCGUUGUGUUGUAAAGAGGAUUGUGAGCCGUUUCCCUAUUGCUGUAAUUGUGAAUCAACGUACUCGGAUAAUCUCUUCCCCGUUAAUAAUUAUAAUUUGCGGGAACUUAGCAUUAAAACACACAACUGCAAAACUUUCACAUAACACAUUUUAAUAGAACAUUAUAUCACGACAGUUAUAUAUUACUAUAAAUAAUAAUGUUGGUGGUAGAAAAUUUACACUUUUCUAAUAUUCAUUAUAUUUCCUGAGCUACUUUGAAAGCUGUGUGUAGUGCAUUGCGACCAAAAAAGUUGCGAUCGGUGCCCCUAGAGUAGGAGGAGUUGCCAAUGUUUGCAAUGCACAAUAGACCUUUCUGGAGUGUCAAUCAAACUUAACAAAUGACUAAUCAGAACAGCCUAGGAAUACGCGCGCGUCUUACAAACACACGUGUUGUCCCACGAACGCAUGUGUUCGCGUAUUUUUUAACACUGCCGUCUUGUGGAAGCUUAGCGGAAAGGUUCAUUGCAAUGUCCUGAUCACAGCAAAACGCAUAGAUAAUGCAAAAAUAUGGCUUUUGGGAAAUUAACAUUUUUUUAAGCUAGCAUACAACGGAGGUAUUGCAUCUGUGACUCAUUCUGAAUACGAGUCUUCUUCUACAAGUCAAUAGACAAAGACGACUAAUCAUGUAUUACGGCGAGAGAUUAUUGAAAUCACUGAACUUACAUCUAUUAAUUAUGCAUGUGCAGUAUAUAUAUUUAAUUGGCCUAGUGACGUACAUACACGGCAUCGACAAGUUGCAGUUGAGAAUGUGAAGAAUAACUAUCAAUGCCUCACGUACUAUUUACUAGUAAAUUACCUAUAAGAUAAUCUAGGUUUGAAUCCUAUUUUCUUACGACGAGAAAUAUUUCAAAGAUUUUCAACUGUACUAUUAGACUAGUAAAAAAAAUUAAAAAGAGGCCUAGAAAUCAAGUUAGGGGGAGUGGAAUGUUAGAAGCAGUCAACAUAGCCAGAUAUCCUAAUUAAUCCCUUCUGAUCACCCUAAGCGCUGUUGACACUUGAUUUUUUUUCUAGUAUACAAAUGGCGGCAAUUUUGAAAAAUGGCCGCCAAAUUUAUCUAAAUGUGCAAAUAAUCCGGGAAAUUAAAGCUGCAGAUAUGA